UAGCACUCCUGCUAAGGGACGGGCCGCGGCACAUGGCCAACUGCUGUCAGCUCAGGUACAGUAUUGUCCUAAGAGGAUGCAACAUGGCAUGAUGCGCACGUCGGACCAAACCACUAGUAGGGGAGUCUUAUUGCCAAUAGCCUCUGGUCUGGUGUGAUGAGAAUGCAAAGCCGCGGGCUGUGUGGGUAUGCUACACUGUGUCUCCUCUGAUCGCCAAAUAGCCGAGUCCACCGGGUAUACGUGCACUUUGAUAUACAUAUGUAUGAUGUAUGUAAGUACUUACAUUCUUGGAGGCGUACGUCGACACGCGCAUUGGCUUGUCCGUGGCCGACCGGGUAACGGUUCUUCUAGAAGCCAUUCAGGCAGACUUCUGCCGACGUGGUUCGUUUACCCAAAACCGGAGCCACACCAUAACACAGACAAGCCUUGCCAUCACACGCAUCCAGGGCAUGAUUGUGACGCACCCUGGAAGCGCUUGACAAGAUUACAUGCUUGCCUGUUUGCCUUCUUGGUCCGCGUCGUCAAUGUUAAUUUAAUAUCCUGUGGCAGAUGCUCAGUGGCAACCUUGUUCUCGACCUGGCCUCUAUUGCCUCGUCUGUUGCUCUUAAUUCUCCAGCAGCAUCACAUGGACGAUCUGCAACAUGGGCGCGUCUGUAGCGGCACAUGCGACAGCGCAAUGGCACCUUCUUCUGGUUCGUGGUUCCGUAUCCCGUAUUUGUUCAACUACACACUGAGGCCACAUCCUAGUAAAGAUUUCAACACAUGCGGGACUCGCUGCAGAGGAUUGAGUCAAGCGACGCACCAAGCGGUACGGCAGGCAGGGUAUUGAUGCAGACGUGACGGCCUCAUCACAUCCGAAGGUUUCGUCAAGAGAUGAACUGCGCAAGCGAC